AUGGGGUCUGCGUUGCUCCUGUGGCUGGGGGCCUUUGGCCUGGGAGCCACAGGCACGAGGGAACAGGUGCCCUUCUGGGUGCGACUCAGCCCAGAGCAGGUGGCCGUGCUGUCGGGACACUCCGUGUGGCUCAACUGCAGCACCAGCUGCCCCCUGGUGGAGAUGCCCAGCUUGCAAACGCAGUUGCAGCUAGGCCAGACGCUGAGGGGGCCAUGCUGGGUGUCCUACGAGCUCCUGGACGUGAGAGCCCGGAACUCCACCGCAUCCUGCUCCAUCACACGCGCGGGAGAAACGCGGGGGGCCACGGCCAGCAUCACCACCUACAAGCCGCCAGGCAGUGUGAUCUUGGAGCCCCCGGUCCUGGUGGGCGGCAUCUACACUCUGCGUUGCCACAUUAUACACGUGUUCCCGGUCAACUCCCUGGUGGUGACCCUGAGGCUCGGCGGCCGGGUCAUCUCCUACGACAGCCUGGAGUGUUUUGAAGGCCGGCACAUGGCCAACGUGACGGUGACCCACCAGUGGCCUGUGAGGCCUCGCGAUCUCUGGCAGCCCCUGACCUGUCACUGGAGCCUCCAACUGCCCGGCCGGGUGGUCCUCAGCAGCUCCGCCCCCGUGACACUCGCGGCCAUAGCUUGGAGCUCCCAGUCCAAAGCUUUGGCUUGCACCUCCGUCACCGCCCUGGGGGGACUCCUCCUCGCCGUGGGAGGGGCCUACCUGCGCAGGUGCCUAGCGAGGAAGUCGCAAAUGUAGACUCGGUGCCGGAUGACGGAUGAGCAGAAAGAACAAUUUCAAUGAGGGGUUUGGGGGGAAGGAGGGGACCCUGUUCAGAUCAAUAAAGCUAUCCUGAGCCAGC